AUGUCGGAAGGUCGGAGUCGAGAUUUAAUCGAAUCGCAAGCGACGGAGCCAGCCGAAAAGUCAGAGGUACACAAGAAGGUUCAAGAGUACAUUGGAAAACGAUAUGAGGUCCAGCUUACCGAUGGAAGAUUCAUUCGUGGAACGAUGAUAGCGACUGAUAAGGAUGCCAAUAUGGUAUUCAACAAGGCCGACGAACGCUGGACCGUGAAGGCCGACAGACCGGUACGGUUUCUCGGACAAGCUAUGAUCUCGAAAAAGUACGUGAAGAAGAUGUGCCUCUUGCCAGACCCUAAAGAAACCGAAAUCUAA